GCGAUUUAGUUGAGCAACAUUCGUAACGGUUCUUUGGUUGGGCGUUUGCCACAGGGAAUGCCAACAGUACUACGAUGUUCUCUGUGCGCUUUCAAAUGUCUGUAUUUUUCAGAGGGACUGAAGAGUUGUUGUGGAUGUGAGGUAAUCAGUCACCUGCUUACGAAGAAUUUUGUAACUGUACGCGUUACACCGCCUCCUUUCAGCACCAUGGUUAGCUCCAUUAUUCAAUAGGGGGAAAUCUGAUGUAAAUGUCGGUUUCUUCUGGCUGUGAGCCAAUAAGUAGCCCGCGUUUUCUGUCUCUAAACAGCAUACAUUUGGAGGUGCACGCCAAUCAAGCACAAGGUUCAAAAGUCAGAUUUCAAAACUGGUACCCACUGCUGCUGUACGGAGACUACUAAUCGUAAACCAUAUUAUUAUAGUUAUGCUUCACGUUUUGUGCUAACUACAUUUGAAGCAAUGACGAGAAAAGCUGGCGAACACAGUCAUUAAGUUCACUUCGGAAUGAAACAUAACGCAGUUUUAGUUUUUUUCCCCCUUAUGUAUGGAUCCAAGGGAAACGAUUCUGGCAACCAUUCGGUAAUUUUGCGUAGCACAUUUUAGAAACUAAGCCGUAAUCUGUGUAUUGUUCUUUGAGCCAAGAUGAUAAUGAGAUACAAAGAGUAUCCCCCAUGGAAGACCACUCAGAGUCCCAGCUCGACUAUGUCCUUGGCUUUCUGUGGUAGUGAAAAUAACUCAUCUGCAUACAACGUUGAUCAAGGAGUUCUUAAUAACGGCUGCUUUGUGGAUGCUCUCAAUGUGGUUCCGCAUGUCUUUCUGCUCUUCAUAACAUUUCCUAUAUUAUUUAUUGGAUGGGGAAGUCAAAGUUCCAAAGUUCAUAUACAUCACAGCACAUGGUUACACUUCCCAGGGCAUAACUUACGCUGGAUCUUGACUUUUAUUCUGUUGUUUGUGCUGGUGUGUGAAAUAGCAGAGGGCAUUGUGUCAGAUGGGUUCACCGAUUCUCGACAUCUCCAUCUGUAUAUGCCUGCUGGGAUGGCAUUUAUGGCAGCUAUCACAUCUGUUGUCUAUUAUCAUAAUAUUGAAACAUCCAACUUUCCCAAACUUCUGCUAGCUUUGCUGAUAUACUGGAGUUUGGCAUUCAUAACGAAAACCAUAAAAUUUGCCAAGUUCUGUGAACAUGGUAUUGGACUAAGCCAGCUACGGUUUUGUAUAACAGGACUGCUUGCCAUGUUGUAUGGAAUGCUACUGGCUGUAGAAAUCAAUGUCAUCAGAGUGCGACGUUACAUUUGUUCAAAUGAUCCUAGAGAAGUAAAACCACCAGAGGACCUGCAGGAUCUAGGAGUCCGGUUUCUGCAACCUUUUGUCAAUCUCCUAUCGAAAGGGACUUAUUGGUGGAUGAACAGAUUUAUAACUACAGCACAUAAAAGGCCAAUUGACUUGAAAACUAUAGGAAAAUUACCAAUUGCAAUGAGGGCUAUCACAAACUACAACCGUAUGAAGGCAGCCUUUGAAGCACAAAAGCAGACCUUGAGAUCCCCAAAUCCCCAAGGUUCUAAAGCCAUUUGGUGUACUCUCCGUCAUGCCUUUGGAAGCCCCAUACUUCUUAGCAGCACGUUUCGAUGUCUUGCAGAUCUACUUGGAUUUGCAGGACCAUUAUGCAUCUCUGGAAUUGUGCAUCAUCUUAGUAAUGAAAAUAAGACAUUCCAACCCCAGGUAAAAUUGUUGGGUGUUUAUUUCAUUUCUUCCCAAGAGUUCCUAGCCAAUGCAUAUGUUUUAGCUGUUCUCCUGUUUUUUGCACUACUUCUUCAACGAACAUUUCUUCAGGCGUCAUAUUAUAUUGCCAUUGAAACUGGGAUCAACCUAAGAGGUGCAAUACAGGCAAAAAUUUAUAAUAAGAUUAUGCGCUUAUCAACUUCCAAUAUGUCCAUGGGAGAAAUGUCAGCAGGCCAGAUCUGUAAUUUGGUUGCCAUAGAUACAAACCAACUAAUGUGGUUUUUCUUCCUGUGUCCUAACUUAUGGGCAAUGCCAAUGCAAAUUAUUGUUGGAGUAAUCCUUCUGUACUACCUCCUUGGAAUCAGUGCCUUAAUCGGUGCAACUGUGAUUACAGUACUCGCACCUGUCCAGUACUUUGUAGCUACUAAACUUUCACAGACACAAAGAAGCACUUUAGAAUAUUCAAAUGAGCGACUGAAAAAGACCAAUGAAAUGCUGCGAGGGAUCAAACUUCUUAAACUUUAUGCAUGGGAACACAUUUUUCAUGGCAUCAUGGAAGAGACAAGACAAAAAGAAAUGACAAGCCUCAAAGCUUUUGCAUUGUACACCUCCAUAUCCAUCUUCAUGAAUGCAGCUAUACCUAUUGCAGCUGUUCUCACAACAUUUGUGGUUCAUGCUUACCUAUCACAGGAUUCUGGCUUUUCACCAGCAGUGGCCUUUGCCUCCCUUUCCUUGUUUCACAUCUUAGUCACACCACUGUUUCUUCUAUCCAGUGUUGUCCGAUCUACUGUCAAAGCUCUGGUCAGCGUGCAAAAACUGAGUGAAUUUUUCUCCAGUGAAGAAAUUGGAGAAGAGCGUGACAAGUGUCAGCUGCCAGUUAAUAUCGACAAUCAUAGUAAAUAUCAAGCUGUUCCACUAAAAGUUGUUAACCGUAAGCGGCCUCCACGUGAGGAAUGGAAUCAUUACAACUCUCUGCCUGGGAGACAGGUUAACAUCACAGAAGGAGAGGAGUAUUGUAUAAAGAUUCGAAAUGGGUACUUUACUUGGACACCUGAUGGAGCUCCUACUUUAUCAAACAUUGACAUCAAGAUCCCGCACGGUCAGCUGACUAUGAUUGUAGGACAAGUUGGCUGUGGAAAGUCAUCACUCCUUUUAGCUGCACUAGGAGAAAUGCAAAAAAUUUCAGGGAAUAUCUACUGGAACAGCAUGUCUGACACUGAACUAGGAGAAGAUCUCAGCAGCACAGAGACCGAGACAGCCAUUGAUGCAGACAUUAGUCAGGUGCGAGGAUCAGUGGCCUAUGCUGCUCAAAAACCAUGGCUAUUGAAUGACACCAUGGAGAAAAACAUCACAUUUGAAAGUGCCUACAACAAGCAAAGGUACAAGACAGUCAUUGAUGCCUGUUCUCUUCAGCCUGAUAUAGACAUUCUUCCACAUGGAGACCAAACUCAGAUUGGAGAGAGGGGUGUAAAUCUCUCUGGAGGACAGCGUCAGCGUAUAAGUGUAGCAAGAGCACUUUAUCAACAGGCUAACAUGGUUUUCCUGGAUGACCCCUUUUCUGCUCUUGAUAUUCACUUAAGUGAUCACCUCUUGCAAGAAGGGAUCCUGAAAAUACUCAGAGAAGAGAAGCGGACUACAGUUCUUGUCACCCACAAACUACAGUACUUGCCACAUGCAGACUGGAUUAUUGCUAUGAAGGAUGGAACCAUUCAAAGGGAAGGAACACUUAAGGACAUUCAAAAAUCUGAGCCUGAACUGUUUGAGCAGUGGAAAACACUAAUGAAUAGACAAGAUCAGAGGCUAGAAAAGGAAACAGUCACAGAAAGCAAAACUGCAUUAGAAAGGAAGAAUCUUCGAAGGGCCAUGUAUUCGAGGGAGGCUCUUUCGAGAGCUGAUGAAGAAGAAGACUCCAUUGAAAGUGAUGAUGAGGAUAGCUUAUCCAUGGUCCUGCAUCAAAGAGCUAAAAUGCCCUGGCAAGCCUGUUGCAAGUAUCUAAGCUCUGCAGGGAUUCUUCUUUUGCCACUGCUAGUCCUUUCACAACUCCUAAAGCAUUCUGUAAUGGUGGCUAUUGACUACUGGUUGGCAAAGUGGACAUCAGAUGCAAUAUCACUGAAGAUAGAGGCUGAGAGAAACAACUGUUCCCAGAGCCAGGAGUGCGGCUUUAACCAUUCAUCCUACUCUAUGGUGUUCAGUAUUUUGUGUUCCCUGGGAAUUCUCUUCUGCCUGGCUACAUCAAUUGCUGUGGAGUGGACUGGCCUUAGGGUGGCAAAAAAGCUACAUCAGAAUUUGCUCAACAGGAUCAUAUUGGCGCCAAUGAGGUUUUUUGAAACCACACCAUUAGGAAGCAUCCUGAACAGAUUCUCAGCUGAUUUAAACACGGUUGACCAGCACAUACCAGCAACACUGGAGUGUCUCAGUCGAUCAACUCUUCUGUGUGUGUCUGCUUUGGCUGUAAUCUCCUAUGUAACUCCAGUAUUUUUAAUAUCACUUGUUCCCCUCGCAGUAGCCUGUUACUUCAUCCAGAAAUACUUCAGAGUGGCAUCAAGGGAUCUUCAGCAGUUAGAUGACAGUACCCAGCUUCCACUGCUGUCACAUUUCUCUGAAACUGUAGAGGGUCUAACCACAAUCCGAGCAUUCAGGUAUGAAGCUCGGUUUAGAAGAAAACUGCUUGAAUACACAGAUUCCAAUAACAUUGCAUCUCUUUUCCUAACAGCUGCAAACCGGUGGCUAGAAGUUCGAAUGGAAUAUAUUGGAGCCUGUGUGGUUCUUAUUGCGGCAGUGGCCUCUAUAACAUAUUCUCUGUAUAAUCGCCUGUCUUCAGGGCUUGUAGGUUUAGGCCUCACGUAUGCUCUUAUGAUCUCCAAUUAUCUAAACUGGAUGGUCCGUAGUUUGGCAGACAUGGAAGUGCAGCUGGGAGCAGUGAAAAGGAUAAAUGGUCUUCUUAAGACUGAAGUGGAAAAUUACGAAGGGCUUCUUUCUCCCUCACAGAUUCCUCCAGGAUGGCCUGACCAGGGUGAGAUCAAAAUACAAAACCUGAGUGUGCGUUAUGACAGUUCACUGAAGGCAGUACUGAAGCAUGUCAAUGCCCAUAUUAGUCCAGGUCAAAAGGUGGGAAUCUGUGGAAGAACUGGCAGUGGAAAAUCAUCAUUUUCUUUGGCAUUUUUUAGAAUGGUCGAUACCUUUGAAGGAAGAAUUAUAAUUGAUGGAAUAGACAUUGCAAAACUUCCCUUGCAGACAUUAAGGUCCAGACUAUCAAUCAUUCUUCAAGACCCCAUACUAUUCAGUGGCACAAUCAGGUUUAAUUUGGAUCCUGAAGGAAAGUGCACAGAUGGUAUGCUAUGGGAGGCAUUGGAAAUAGCACAGCUAAAACAUGUGGUUAAAGCUCUACCUGGAGGUUUAGAUGCCAUGGUAACUGAAGGAGGAGAAAACUUCAGUCUGGGACAACGCCAACUGUUUUGUUUAGCAAGAGCAUUUGUGCGGAAGAGCAGCAUUUUAAUCAUGGAUGAAGCUACGGCAUCUAUUGACAUGGCCACAGAAAAUAUUUUGCAAAAAGUGGUAAUGACAGCAUUUGCAGAUCGCACUGUGGUAACUAUAGCACAUCGUGUUCAUACCAUACUGAAUGCAGACCUGGUCAUAGUAAUGAAAAGAGGUAUCAUUCUGGAAUACGACAAACCAGAAGUCCUGCUGGAACAAGAAGACAGUGUUUUUGCCUCUUUUGUAAAAGCAGAUAAAUAGUAUUUAAAACAUACAGUUGCAGUACAGAUAACUGCCAAUUAGUUUUCUAAUUAUGUAUAUUUGUAAAUAAAACAGAUCAUUUCAUAAAAAAUGAGCCAUUCAAGUGGCAUGUUUUCAAAAUAAUACCAGAAAUUUUUAUUUUUUUUUAAUAAUGCUACAGAAACUUAACCUGCUUACCCCUCUUAAUAUUUAUCUUGCUGCGGUCAUAUCUAGUAACAAAAACUUUUCAAUAGCACAAUCGUGACUCAAAGGACAAGACCUGAGACUCAGAAAGACUUACUCUGCCACAGAAGCCUUUACCCUUAAGGGUUCCACAGUGCUGUAAGCUCUAGAAACUCACAGACUGCUCUCCCACUGCAACUUUAUGCUUGUUAGCACUGGCCACAGCACAGACAGCAGUCUCACUGGUGAAGCCACAUGCAAAUGCAGCAAUCCUGGGAUGUGGCUGAUUCUAAUUAGCGAUGUUAUCUUCCCCUGAAAUGGCUCUGGCAUUGGAAAAACAUGGUAAAGUUAUUUAUUUCUUUAUUUUCAAUAAAGAGGAAAAAGAGCAUGCUAUGAAAAGAAAACAUAUACCUCUUCAUUACCUCGGGACUUUCUUGCCCCAACCUAAGAAACUGAAGUAGAGGCAACUAUGUACAUAUGUACAGGUCAUAAACAAGAGGAGGAAAAAUAUGAAUCUACCUCAGCCAAACAAGAAUAAAAAGAAGAAAGGAUGGUGGACAGUAAUACUGCUACAAUAAUCAGUUGCAAAUAUACUGGUAUGGUAAGUUCUUACACCAAUCUACCGAUUACUGCUUGGAUCAUUGUUGCAAUAUUAUUAACUUAUGGGGGACUCCAUAUCUGUCGAAGGUGAAAGAGAGGAGGUAUGGUGAGCUGAGUUAUGAUCCAAAAGACCUUGAAGGAUGCACCUUGUGUACCCCACUCUAGUGCUAGAAGAUAAAUCUUGUAAUGUUCAAGGAAAGUGUCAGCAGAAUACUAAGUAGCUGCCUUCAGAUAGAUCUAUAAUCCAUACCUUUGAAUACAGCUCCAGAAAUGGGAAAUGAAAAAGGGGGGGAUAGCCAUCAAUGCUUGCAUAUCUGACACUCUUUUUAGCAGAAGUCAAACCUUCCAGUAAUACUGCUUUGUAGGUGCAAAAAGCUAAGCUUUUCCAGGACAUAGGUCAGAUCCCAAGAAGGGGGUAGCUGUCCUUGGUGGUGUAAUAUGUAAGAUGCCUUUCAAAAACUGACCUCAAAUAAAAAAGAAGGAGAUGGAUCUAGAGGCAGAAACACAGAAAUGGCUGACAGAUGUGCUCAGAUAGAAGAAAAUGCCAGCCCAGUAUUGAGCAGCUAACACAAAUAAGCAAGAAUAUUAGAAAUACCCAGUUGAUAAGGGUACUAAGU